AUGUAUUUCAUACCUGUGUCCAACGUCGAGGUGCGAGCUCGUCCCUGUCCAAGCCUGUUGAAGCAUGCAACAAGAAUGCAGCCCCUAAACAGAAGAGAUGCUGGAGUCUGGCAUCAAACGAGGAGCCUGUUGUACAAAAAUCUGCUGAUCAAAUGGAGAACCAAGCAACAAAGUCUGCAGGAGUUGAUCCUUCCUCUGCUCCUUUUGGGCCUCCUUAUUCUCAUCAGUACCCUGAAUCCUCACAUCUCGUAUGGCAGUAUCAGUACUACUGAGCUAGAAGAUGAUGCAUACCUAUCACUUAAAGGCCUGGGUUACACCCCGAUUACAAAUGUCACCAGUCAGAUUAUGGAGGAAGUGGCACAAGAGCUACAUAUGCAAGACCGCUUAGAGAUGUUCUCUACUGAGGAAGACCUGGAGAAUGCCAGCCUCUAUGAACCCCUAGGCUAUGUGGGAGUGGUGUUUCUUGAUAACAUGUCCUACCGGCUACGGUUCCCCUACAACCAGCUUCCUCCACCUAGUGACUACACUGAGUCCAUAGCAAACUGCUACGCCAACUAUUUGAACUGCCGUGCAGCUAACUACUGGUACUCUGGUUUCAUACGCUUGCAGUCACUGAUUGACGCUGCUAUCAUCCAGAUGCAGACGAAGCGUUCAGUGUGGAGAGAGCUGAAUGUACGUGUGGUGAUGAUGGGUCACCCAGGCUCAGUGGAGGUCCAGAAGUUCCCACAUGCACUCAUCUCAAUCUAUCUGGUGCUGGCCUUCACGCCAUUCGUCUCUUUCCUCAUUGUCAAUGUUGCGGCUGAGAAGGAGCACCGGCUUAAAGACACAAUGAGCAUGAUGGGGCUGUAUGACACAGCUUUUUGGCUCUCAUGGGGUCUUCUCUAUGCCGCUCUGGUGACAACAAUGUCUGUUCUUAUGGCUGUUAUCGCUACAUGGACACCUCUAUUCUCCAACAGCAACUUCCUUGUCAUCUUCCUCCUAAUCUUUCUCUAUGGAAUAUCAACUAUUUUCUUUUCCUUCAUGCUCACUCCUCUGUUUAAGAAGCCCAAGUUUGCGAGUACAAUGGGCUCCAUGCUGACGUUGGUUUUUGGCUGUCUGUCUCUGUUUACUGUGCUGAUGAGGGAUUUCCCCCAGCCAGCUGUCUGGGUGCUUUGUCUACUGUCCCCCAGUGCCUUCUCCAUCGGCAUUGCCCAGGUGGUGUAUCUGGAGGCCCAAGGAGAUGGUGCUGUGUUCUCCACUCUGGCUAAUGGCCCUCAUGCACUGUAUGUGCCGCUGCUGAUGCUCUUCCUAGACUGCAUCCUCUAUCUGCUGCUCGCUGUUUAUCUAGACCAGGUGAUGCCAGGGGAGUUUGGAAUGAGGCGUUCUGUGAUUUACUUCCUGAAGCCCUCCUAUUGGUCGACACGCAGCAAGCGCUAUGUGGAAGUGAGCUCUGUGUAUGAGGUAGAGGUGAAUGGAACUCCUACGGCUGAUGAAUCUGUGGAGCCUGUUUCUCCGGAGUUUAGAGGCAAAGAGGCGAUCAGGAUCUGUAACAUCCGUAAAACCUAUAAAGAGAAGGACAACACAGUGGAGGCACUAAGAGGUUUGACUUUCGACAUUUACGAGGGUCAAAUCACAGCUUUGUUGGGUCACAGUGGAGCAGGGAAAUCUACACUUAUGAACAUCCUAUGUGGCAUCUGUCCUCCAACAGAAGGCUCUGCUACCAUCUAUGGCUCCCCGGUGGCUGAGAUAGCGGAUGGGGCUGAGAUGAAGCAGCUUGUGGGGAUCUGCCCCCAGUUCAACAUAAUCUUUGAUGUGCUGACAGUAGAAGAGCACCUCAGGAUCUUCGCAGCCAUAAAAGGCAUUCUGCCCUGUGAUAUUGAUAGUGAGGUUAGGAAAGUUUUGAAGGAUCUGGACUUGGAGAAGAUCAUGGAUGCACAGGCCAAGAACCUGAGUGGAGGCCAGAAAAGGAAGCUGUCUGUGGGCAUUGCCAUUCUAGGAGAUCCCAAGAUCCUGCUCCUUGAUGAGCCCACAGCAGGCAUGGACCCAGUGUCACGUCACCAGGUAUGGUCUCUACUGAAGAGUCGACGAGCAGGCAGAGUUACUGUCCUCAGCACACACUAUAUGGAUGAGGCAGACAUACUUGCAGAUCGUAAAGCAGUCAUCUCUCAAGGUCAGCUGAAAUGUGUGGGCUCGUCUCUCUACCUCAAAACCAAGUGUGGAGUUGGAUACCACCUCAGGAUGUCUGUGGCUGAAGUCUGUGAGGUAGACAGCCUCGCUUCAUUGGUCAAGCAACAUGUUCCGAAGGCUCAGUUGUCACGGCAACAGGAGGCUGAGCUCACAUUCACACUGCCUUUCGAAAGCAUGGAAACAUUUCCAGGGCUUUUUGCUGAGCUGGACUGUAGGCCCGAUCUGGGCAUCAUUAACUAUGGUGUUUCCAUGACUACGUUAGAAGAUGUGUUUUUACGUCUGGAGGCGGAAGCUGAAGUGGACCAAGCAGACUACAGUGUAUUUAACCAGGACAAGGUGGAAGAGGAAGGUGAUGCAUCUUCUCUGGACGACAUGGACCAGAGGCUGCUGACCUUCUCAGAGAGCAGGCAGGAUGCAGUGAAGGGCCAUGCCCUGUGGAGGCAGCAAUUCAGCACUGUAGCCUGGCUCCAUAUGCUCAACCUGCAGAGAGAGAGGAAACCCAUCAUCUAUAAUGUGACGCUAUUCCUGGUCUUCUUGACUGCGGUGCUGGUUCUUUCACUGGCUACAGGGAAUAUUCAGAUCCACUCCCCUGACAGACAGUUCCAGCCGAUCUACCUGCUCCACCGAAACGAAGCCCCUCGCAAAUAUGCCACCAGCUUGCUCGUGCUGAACUCGUCUGACUCUGAUAUAUCAGGCUUUGUUCAUACUCUGGAAGCUCAGGACAUUAAGGUGGAAAUGAUGAGGAAACCGGACUACAUGUCUGCUGCACCUCACAGUGCUGCUGUCAAUGUAACAGGCUCCAGUAAGGGUUUUAGUUACAUUUUAGCCUUCAACAGCACCACAGUGCACUCUCUGCCAAUGGUGGUGAAUGUGCUUAGUAAUGCCCUGCUCAGAGGCUUCAAUGGUACUGGGCAUAUCAGCACCUGGUCCAAACCCUUUGACUAUCAAAUUCCAGACUCGACGUCUUAUGCUCUAGUUUACAUUGAGGCUGUGAUACUGGGUAUGCUGGCAGCUGGCAUGCCAGCCUAUUUUGCAAUGGACCACACGCGAGAUCGAGAGAUAAAGUGUCGUUCAACGCUGAGGAUUUCUGGUAUGGUGCCAUCUGCGUACUGGUGUGGGCAGGCUGCUGUAGAUAUCCCUUUCUACUACCUCAUCCUCAUCUGCAUGACAAGCACGUUGUUCGCUUUCCACUCCACAAACCUGCUGUCCAACAGCAACAUCAUGUCUGUGAUUCUCUGCCUAAUAGGAUUUGGCCCCGCCAUGAUCCUCUUCACCUAUUGCGUCUCAUUCAUGUUUGCCAAAGUCCAGAGCAACAGAGACUUUUUCUCUGUCGUCUCUAUGAUGGUGUGUGUAGUCUCCGCCUCCAUGGUCCAGCUGGCCUUUGUGAAUGAUAAUCCUGGCCUGACACGCGCCCUACAUAACACACUAUGUUUCUUCAAUCCAUUAUACCCCCUGAUUGCCUGCCUCAACUGCAUUACCAAGGCCACCUUUCUUCUGUCUUUCCAUGAGGAGUUCCUUUGGAAGAAUCUACUUAUUGCUGUUAUAGCUCCCUACCUCCAAUGCAUUCUGCUGCUCUUCUUGCUGCGGUGGUUAGAGAUCCGCUAUGGAGGCCAGACUAUGAAGAAUGACCAACUGUGCAGGAUCUCUUCUAAAGCCAAGGGCAAAGUGCAGCGGAACCCAGAGGAAAACGAGGAUGAGGAUGAGGAUAUUCUGGUGGAGAAGGCUCGAGUGAAAGAGGCCCUUACUUGUCAGUGCUGUGAAGAGAAACCUGUGGUGGUAGUGAGUAACUUGCGCAAGCAGUACUCUGGAAAGAAAGAAGGCUUCUCCCUUGGAAAGAGAAGAAAAGUGGCUGCUAAAAAUAUCUCCUUCUGUGUCCGAAAAGGUGAGGUGCUGGGACUUCUGGGGCCUAAUGGAGCAGGGAAGAGCACGAUCAUGCACAUGCUCUCAGGAGACACAAAUCCCACUGCAGGACAAAUUUUGAUGGGAGACUACAGCACAGAGUUCAGGCCAGUGGAUAACCCACUUGAGCAUGUAGGCUACUGCCCUCAGGUGAACCCUCUCUGGCCUAGGAUCACCCUACAAGAGCACCUCCAGAUCUAUGCUGCCAUUAAGGGCUUACGCCACAAUGAUGUACCAAACAUCAUCAGACGAGUGGUUAAUGCACUGGAGUUAAAGGAGCAUCUUCAUAAACAGGCUAAAAACCUGUCUGCAGGCCUCAAGAGAAAGUUGUGCUUUGCUCUAAGCAUGCUGGGGAAUCCACAGAUUGUGCUUCUUGAUGAGCCCUCAUCUGGUAUGGACCCCAAAUCUAAGCAGCGCAUGUGGAGAGCGAUACGUGCUGCUUUUAAGAACAAACAGCGUGGUGCCAUCUUGACCACUCACUACAUGGAAGAGGCGGAAGCUGUGUGUGACCGAGUGGCCAUCAUGGUUUCUGGCCAGCUACGGUGCAUUGGCUCCAUCCAGCACCUAAAGGCUAAGUAUGGUCGAGGCUAUAGUCUUGAGAUUAAGCUACGAGAAGAGCUCACAGGCCUCCAGCAGGUGGCACUACUGCACAAGGAGAUACUAAGAAUCUUCCCUCAUGCUGCACGCCAGGAGAGCUUUGCAACUCUGAUGGUUUAUAAGAUUCCAAUGGAGGAUGUAAAAUCACUGGCCCAGGCUUUCUCUCGGUUAGAGAGUGCUAAGCAGAACUUCAACUUUGAAGAGUAUAACUUUUCUCAGUGCACACUGGAGCAGGUUUUCAUGGAGUUUGCUAAAGAGCAGGAGAAUGAAGAGGAGGAAGUGGGCUCUCUCAGCACCACCUUCCAGUGGCAACGGCUCCGUCAGGAUGGCCCAGCGUCCUUCAAUCACACUGACAGCAUUGUGCACCAGCUGUGAGCCCUUUCAGCUCUCUCUCUGUCUCUCUCGCUCCUUCCCUGUCUCUCUCCUUCUCUUUGUACAUGUGCCACUCUCCUCACUCCAGAUAAUGAGUGCCCCCAUACGAGGUGCACACUGAUGAGGGUCCAAAGGCCCAUGGAGUUGGCACAGGCACUGACACAGCCAGCAUGAUGGCAUCAUGUGUGUCUCAGCUGACUUACAUUCUUUGUGGUAUUUUUUUAUUUUUUUUUUUUUCCAUUUUUUUUGAGGAAUUUUAUUUUAUUAUUGAGAUUCUCACCCAGUAGGAGAUGCACUUUUAUUUACUGGCCUUGGUGAACAGGUGUCUCAGUCUUACCUUCCUGCUGUUGUGAUGACAUGUGUUGAAUCAAUCACAAAUGAAGAAAGAAACUCAUGGAAAAGAUCUCAUGCCAUCAGGAACCAUGACGGAACCAAAGCAUUGUGUCUGCAGCCUAACCACCCCAAUGCUUGCUCACAUCAACGCUGAAAAGGUGCUUUUGGUGUCUGUAGCAUGAGAUCUAUUGCUAGAUCUAUUGUAUAUAGAUAUGGGACAAAGGAAGGAAAUCAAGAAGUUUUCUUUUUGCUUGAGGAUUUGUUGCAUGUGCUUGACCCUUCCCAAGCACAGGGAGUUGCCGAGGGAGAAACAUCAUCUAGCUGCAUUGCUCAGCCUUGAAGGUGGCAUGGCCUCUUCAGAGUACCACAGCACAGCUGCUGAGAUAUACCAGCAUGUGGAGACUCUCUGCUUCACAACCCCACCAAUGGUGGCCUGCCACCCAGGCAUGCUGAGCUUCCUCUGUCUCUGCUGCAACAGAGGAGCUCUCGGACUCCUCUCCUCAAACACCAGCACACGUUUCAGGCCCUGCAACCAUGGCCAGCUCUCCAAAGACUAAGGCCUGAUGAUAAGGCAUGGACCUGUACAGACCAGUAGGGUCUCAAUGGCAAGAAAAAAAUUUCACAAAUAUAAGAACUUUUCCCCCUCUUUGUCAGUGUCUUUGUCUGGCUGUCUUUUGUUUUGUUUUGUUUUGUUUUGUUUUUCCUUAAUUUUAACUUGCGCGGUGGCCUUCCUUUGGAGGAGUUUAAAUGUCCAAAAUGAUUGAGACAAUAGCUUGAGAAUGUAGUUCCCAUGCACUCUGCUCUGACGCAUGUAGCACUCCAGAUCUAUCAGAAACGGAAACACGGCCUCGAGGCAGUGCGGAAGACUUUGAAGUGAGAGGUCUCUUUCCUGUUUCCAUUUUAAUUAUUUAAAAGGUGAUUACUUGUGAGCAAGGCCUUGAACACAUGAUAGUAAUAUGAUGCGGUUUUGUUUAGAAGUACUGUUUGUGUGUUUAAAGUUGUUUUAUCAUACUGUUGUAGCAAAGAUUAAGUUCCUAAGAGCUUUACAGUGAAAAAUUUACUUUUUAAUGCGGGUUUGAAUGCACCUUUUUUAUGCUGCAUAUUAACAGUUUAUCAGCUCUUUUCCCCUCUUUUUUGUUGAGUUUUUGGGAGUAAUAUAAGCAUUUGGUAAGGAGGUAAGGGGGUUAUGUGGUUAGUAGUGAGUUUUUGGCACAUACCAAACACAACAAACACGACAGAAUAAGACCAUCUUCAGCUGACAAGUGACAGUUUAACAGACUGAUGUACAAUUCUAAAAACGUUCUAAAAAGGAGAACAAGCAGAUUAUUGCUAGAUGUUAUUCUUAAAGCUACUUGUGUUGCAUCCAGAUUGUUGUGGAGUUUGCAAUAAAGUGUUAAACUUCAUAAAUCUUAAUUCCUGUAGAAAAUGUCUGCCUUGGUCUCCAUGCAUUUUGCCUCCACUGUAUGUUGUAGAGAGGUAUAGAGAUGUCAUGUUUCUGUCCAAGUUCUGACCUCCAGAUGUGUUGCUAAAGCUCAGUUUACGAUUUAUACAUUAGAGCUCUUAACUGAAUUAUUGUAUCAUACUUAAUUUUGUAAAUGGUGGGAAAGUUUCACUCCUAUAGAUACCACUUGUAACGUGAUUAGCAGUAGAGUUACAGUACAAAUUAAUGUUACCGUUUUCAUGUCCAGAUUGCAUUUUCUGGAAUGGUUGUUGGAUGGUUUAGAUGAUCCCCGUCAAACUCUGUUGCAACCGAAUUCUGAUUGGCCAGAAUGAGCUUCAAGCUGUGAAACUCAACCAGUCCAUUGUCCUCUAUUGCACCUUGAAUCUUGUCUAAAAGUCCUUGCUUUAGCCAGGUGGUCUCUUAAACAAGGUGCUGCUUAAAGAUGUUGCGGGUUAAUUUGCUUGUAGAAAAUUGUUGAUGUCUGUUUUGGCUUAUUUAGGAGUUGCUAAUCUUUUGUACAUAUUCAGUAUUUUUCUCCUCACUACCCAAUAAAAACAAACAGUUUUUGGGAUACAGCUCUCCCUGAAUGUGAGAAGAAGGAAGUAGUAACAGCUUGCUUGAACCAGUCCUCAAAAAUUGUAAUCUAUGUGUUAAGGUGGUGCAUUGUGUUGAAUUUACUAUGUCUGUAUACUAUAUUUUAUUUAUACUAAAUUUGGGUUUUGGAGGGCUUUUAAAAUAUUUAUACUUAAAAUAUUUACACUUCACUAACUCCAGCUGCACAUUACAGACUUUUGUCAUUGAGUUCACCAAUUUUAUUUGUAACACUUUCUAAGAGGCAGCAAAUUAUUAUUAUUAUUAUUAUUAUUAUUAUUAUUAUUAUUAUGAUAAUUUUUUAAAACACUUUUCCCAUAACACCAGGAGCAGUGUAUUCAAAGCAGUGAGACCAAUUCACAUUAGAGAAGCUGUGUGCUUUUAGCAUCUGCAAAAAAUUAUAAUAAAAUCAGUAAUUUGAUGUGAAUGUGUUGGAGGUUGUUGGAAUUGUUCUCCUUAGUGUGAUAGUACUGCUUUUGUUUGUGAAUUGAAGUGCAUGGGAGUGGCGAGUUGCUAUUUUUUACAAAAUGAGCUUUAUUUUUGCACAAAUGUAGCCUCUUAUACUGGUAUGGUAGAACAUCUCAGUGACAUUGAUUUUCCUUUCUUGAAUUCAGGUUGGGUUGGGGUAUGUCCAGUGAAAUCUAUCUUUAACUGAAUUAUUAAUUUCCUCCAAAGUGCAAUAUAUGAUUACCUGUGUCUGUGUGGUCACUGCUUUCUGUAAAUGGUGUUUCAUGGCUAACUGCAAUAUCGGUGUUGUCACUUUUGUGAACUCAGAAUUGUCUUGCAGUAAAAUGUAGCCACUAAUAUGUAACCUUGUAGAAUGCUUUUGCUUUGCACUCUCUUCAUUUAGUGCCCAGGUCCUUGAGAAAAAAAAAAGAAAUCGAGAUUUUAAAAAAAUUAUUAGAAAAUUUGUGAUUGCACAAUUUGGAAGCAAAUUGAAUGAAUUUAUCCACUGGCUGAUCUGGUUCACUUUAAUGCAAGGAUUGCACAGAGAUCAGGUUUUAUUAGCCCUUUAUUUUUAGAGCUCAGAUUCAGUGAUGCCUCAUUGAUCUCCUUAGGUUGGAUAAAAUAAAACUCGCAGUAUUUAUUUUUGAAGGUAUGUGAUAUGUCUAACUGCUUCUGAACACUGGAGAAACAUUUUUGUUUCUGUUGAAUUGAUUUGCUGUAUUAUGCAAUCUUUUUAAGAAGUGUGCACUGUUUUUCUAGAAACUCUUGUUGUGCCAUGUGAGCUGAUGUGCUUGUUAUUCAUUUUGUGCUGGUUUACAUUCACACAUACACAGUCCAUUUCCUCAACCCUUGUGUGUUGAAAAGCCCAUCUAUGUAAAGCAUUUACCCCAGAGGAUUGAAAUAAAGAAAUUUAUGAA